AUGGGCGAAAGCGAUAAAUUAAACAUCGACAACAUCAUAUCGAGACUGCUGGAAGGUAAGCCGUGAAAAAAUAACAACAUUGUUAUAAUUCUCAAUUUUGGUGCCUUUUGCCAUUGUCGCCCUCAUUCAGUCCUUCUAUAGAUGGUUGCUGAUUUAUUUUGUUGUAUUUCGACAGUGCGUGGUGCUAGACCCGGCAAGAACGUGCAGCUCUCAGAAGGUGAAAUCAAAGGCCUGUGUUUGAAAUCGAGGGAGAUUUUUUUAUCCCAACCUAUACUGCUAGAACUCGAAGCACCUCUGAAAAUAUGUGGUGAGUAAAAUAUUUUAUAAGUACAGUUUGUAUUUUAUUAGUUCUUUAUUAAGGUUAUGUUAUGUCAUUAACACAUUUUUCUAAUAUCAUUAGAAUGUAUAUAGAAUUCAUGUUAAUGAUUUUCUAUUGGGGUUUUGUAGUCAUUCACAAGUGUGUCUGGGUGUUACUAGGAUAUUUUAAACUCUAAUUUGGUGUUCAAAGUUAUCCAUUAGUGUGGAUUUGUGUCAAACACAAAUACAUAAAUCUAGUGUUUUUCAUAACAUUCAUUGUGAUAAUAUUGGCUGUAAAGCGAACCAAAAAAUGUAGUAAUACCCAACUCGCAUGCACAUUAUAGUCAUGCUGCAACAAAAAUGAUUACAUUAAAUAAAAAUGCACAACAGUGUGAUCUGCUUUAAAGUUAAAAGUUGAUUUAAAUAAAUAAUAAUAAUAUCUAAUGAUAACACUGGACCACAAAUAUCAAUAAUUCAUUUAUUUACAUAGAAUACGUAUAUAUAUAUAUAUAUGGAGUGUCUAUCUUCAUAAAUAUUUUGUAAAAUCUUUAUUCUAAUGAGAUUUUCUGCUUUUAAAUAGGUAGGUAGCUUUUGUUAUGUAAAAAAGUAUCCAUUUGCCUAUUAUCAGGUUUAAUAUGACUUGUAAACAAUUACAAUUUUCUCAUAUUAUGCUAAUGCCUUUUUUCAAGAAGUUACAAGUCUUACUUUUAUACCUACGCACUUACUAAUAUUAUAUAGGUAGGUAUUCCACAGUACUACAUAAUAUUAAUUUAUAACAAUAUAGUAUAUACUUAUGAAUGAAUGGCUAUGAGAAAGAAUAAUAUAUAAUAAUAAUCUUGUUUUUAUAAAAUAUAUAAGUAAUUUUCAUCAUAAUAAUCAAAGCAGUAUUUUCCAACUGGUGUUCCGUGGAACCCAAAGGUUUAAAAUUAAAUAAAUUAAAAAAAAAAAAUGUAUUAUCUUUCUCUAAUUAAAAGUAUUUAAUAUCUGCUUUUUUUUUUUAACAAAUUAGACUUAUAUUAUGCCAAUUGUAUACUGUUAUAAUAAUAAGAUACAACUUAAUAAUAUGCUUGAAUUCACCAUAAAGAUUACUUAAAAUAACUUAUAUUUUUAUUAUUUAACUCUCAAACUCUUCAAGUUAUUAAUUUGUUUAUAAUUUUAUAAUGUGAUUAAAACUAAAUAAAUAUUUAAAAAAAGAAGGUAAAUUUUAAGUAAAUUUCAUGACUUAUUCAAAUAUGCUUUCAAAAUUUUUUUCUAACAUUAAUAAUAAUACGACUGACAAAAUAUUGAUGGUUUUAGUAAAAAAAAAACUUGGUUUUAAUUGUUACUCAUAAAUAGGUUGAUGAGAGGAAAAGUCUUAUCAUUGAAAUGUUAAGAUAUAAGAUGUUAAAGUAUUUCAUAUUGUUUACCUUAAUUUAUAUUUUAUUGCUAAUUGGGUCAUAUGAAUAAUAAUUUAAAUGUUACACAAUUUUUUUUUCGAAUUCUACUAAAUUUGAGACAAUUUAGAAAACCAACAUCAAUUCUCCUAAAAAAAAAAAAAUUAUGGUCACUUCUCACAAUUAAAAUUUUUUCUGUUUCUUUUUUAUUAUCAAUAGCAGUCCUGUAAUUUUAAUUUUCUAAAUUCUCUUAAUUUCCUUGAAAUACAAACUAUUGUGUUUCAUUUUUCAGUUACGAGUAGUAUCAUUAUAAAUAAAAUAAAUUGGUUUUACAAGAAUAUUUAUAGUAUAGUUUUUACCAUUAUUUUUUUCUAGGGGAUAUUCAUGGUCAAUACUAUGACUUACUACGUUUAUUUGAAUAUGGAAGUUUUCCACCAGAGUCUAACUACUUAUUUUUGGGUGACUAUGUGGACCGUGGCAAACAGUCUUUGGAAACAAUAUGUUUGUUACUGGCAUAUAAAAUAAAAUAUCCUGAAAAUUUUUUCCUUUUACGUGGUAAUCACGAAUGUGCUAGUAUUAACAGAAUUUAUGGAUUUUAUGAUGAAUGUAAGUAUUAAAUGUAUUUAUUUUGUGAUUUAUGUUGUGUAAUAAUUGCUUUUCUAUUAUCUUAGGCAAACGGCGAUAUAAUAUAAAGCUAUGGAAAAUAUUCACGGAUUGUUUUAAUUGUUUGCCUGUGGCAGCAAUUGUUGAUGAAAAGAUUUUCUGUUGUCACGGAGGUCUUAGUCCUGAUUUGCAAUCAAUGGAACAAAUUAGGCGGAUUAUGAGACCCACAGAUGUACCUGACCAGGGACUAUUAUGUGAUUUGCUUUGGUCUGAUCCCGAUAAAGUAAUAAUUUUUAUGUAACUAAUCAGUAAAAAAAAAAUAAAAAAAAAGUAUAAUAAUAAAAAAUAAAAUGUUAUACAGUUUACAAUUUACACUUGCUUCUCAACAGAAUUCAAAUAUCUUUUUCUAAUUUAAAUAUGCAUUUACUCAAAUCUGUUCUGUUCUCUGUCUAUAAGUAAAAUAUAUUACUUAUUAAUUUAAUGUUAUAUUGUUUAAUUUAUUCUAUACUACUUUUAAGGAUACCAUGGGUUGGGGAGAAAAUGAUAGAGGUGUAUCAUUUACAUUUGGAGCAGAGGUUGUGACUAAAUUUUUGCAUAAACAUGAUUUCGAUCUCAUUUGCAGAGCUCACCAGGUUUGUAAAUAGAGUUAAAUUUCACAAAUUAGUAAUUAUUUCUUAAGUUACUAAUAAUAUCUUUCAUUUUUAAUAUAAUAGGUUGUAGAAGAUGGCUACGAGUUCUUUGCUAAACGACAGCUUGUCACUUUAUUUUCAGCACCAAAUUACUGUGGUGAAUUUGACAAUGCUGGUGCAAUGAUGUCUGUUGAUGAAACUCUAAUGUGUUCAUUCCAGAUUUUGAAGGUAAUAUUGUUAUUAAAUCAAAUUUCAAGUGGUCGGGAAUACUGUGCUAUUUUUGAAUUUUUACAUAAUUCUCUUCUAUACCUUUUUUCAAAGAACUAUAAAGAUAAAUUAUAUCAUUGCUCUAUUAGUUAAAAAUAAAUACAUUAAGAUUUUAUUGUUUAUUAAUUAUAAAAUAUAAAGUAACAUCUAAUAAUAAGAAUAUAACUGUUGAAUCUAUACGGUAAUAUUUUCAAUUCGGGGCGGGGUCACAUUAAAAAAUUAUAUCAACAUACGCAAAUCAAAAUAUUAUGUUGUCUAACAAAUAUUUAUUUCUAUCAUAGAAUAAUAUCUAAUUUCCUCGGUUUUCACCCCAACUCAUCAAUGACUUCUUCAGAAGUUCAAGACAUGGUCUUAUAUAUCAAUCAUAUGGUCAAUUUAUUUAAUUUAUCCGGUGUAAAUAAUUACUUUUCAGUAUAAAAUGUAAUAGGUACAUUAAUAUAGAUUAAAAAUAUUUACUUGUGACAUAAAACUGUUAACCUCUUUCAUAGUAUUUCUCAAAUAAGUUUCUACUUUUUAUAAAUUUAAUAAAAACAUUCAUUCUGGAGUAACUGUUGGUAUCAGCGGUGUAAAUAUAUAGUUUUUAAUAAAAUGUGAAUAGUUAGGUAAAUCACUGGAUUACAAUUUUAUGGUGCAUAAAUUCCAUUUGGUAAUUUAUCAUUUAUAUGUUGAAGUUUUAGUUUCCACAUUUUAAGUUCUUUAAGAGAAGUAGACAUAUCGAUAGAAGAUAAAUAGAAUGAAACAAAAAGAUAGAAUGAGACAAAAGAUUCUAAAUCAGCUUUAUAAAAAUCUUCGUUGUUGUCAAAUAAACAAUUAAAACUUAAACAACAUAGGUUUUAUUUAUAUAAUACAAUAUAUUAAUAUUCAUUGAUUAUCGACCUUCAUGUUUGGGUUUGAACUAAUUUCCAACUAUAAAUGUACUAUGAUAAACAAUUUUUUAAUUUUAUUCAUGUUUAUACAUUUUUACAUAAAGUGAAAAAAUACCAAAAUUCUUAAUAUACCAUGUGCUACUCAAAUUUAUUUAGUUUCCAGACCAAAGAUCUAAUAAUAUUGAACAAACAUAAAUAUAAUUAAAAUAAAAAUCUGAAAAUAAUAAUAAUAGCAAUUAAAAAAUUAUAUAACAUAAAAAAUGAGCUGAUACUAGGGACGAGUGUUGCUACUGAUGUAAGUGGAUAGUUUGAAAGAUACAAAAGGUUAUAUAUGUUUUGAAAGGCUAUAAUAUUUACAAAUUUUUAUUAAAAUUUGAUUUUAAAACUUUUAUAAAAAAAAAAAAGUAAUACAUUACAAUUUUUUUUUUUUUUUUUUUUUGGAACAGUAAGUAUUAUUUUUAUAAUGAAUUUCCUAUACAUUUUUCAAGUAUUUUUGUUGGGUCAAAUAAUUGUGUUCUCAAAAUACUGACAAAAUAAAAAUAUAUAUAUAUUUUUAAAAUGUUCUCUGAUCUGGUCUUUUUUUCUUUUUUUUUUUUUAUUGAAGCAAAAUUUCUGGUAGAAAAUAUAAUGAUCAAAAAUUAAAAUAAUUUAAUUGAGACACCUAAUUUCAUUUAUCUGUGAUCAGAUAUAUUUGUAUACUCUAUUAUCAUUAAAAAUAUUUCGGAUAACUAAAGUUUUAAUAAAAUACAUCCCUUACCCUAUUUCUAAGAAUAUCACUGCCAUAAUACCAUUUAUAACUGAUAAGUGUAAUAUAUAAUCUAUGUCCUUCCAUAGCAUGGAGGUAUACACCCACUGUUGAAGAUUUUCGACUACAGUGCUCUCUAUAGUACAGUCUGAAAUUUGCUACCUGUUUUUUUUUACAGUCUUGCUUAUCUGUCUAUUAUAAAAUCAAUGGUUUGUGUAAAGAAAUCAACAUAUUUUUUAUAGCAAUGACUUUUUAAAAAAGAAUCUUCUCGACCAUUAUUGAUUCCUAUUAAAAAAUUAAUUUUAAAUAAAAAUAUUUGUAAUACUGAAACUAUAUAUGUAAAUAAAAUGCAUUAACUCUGUUAAGUAAUAUAUGUUUUUAAAGUGAGUUGAUUUUUAAUUAAAAUGUAUGUUAAAAUGUUAGUUAAAAAAAAAAUGUGCAUACAAUUCCAAUAUUUCAUAAAAUUGUGUUUCACAUUGCUUUGAAUACUCAAACUUCAUUUAUAUAUUAUUUAAAUAAAGUAAUAUAAUUUAUAAUAAUUCAAUUUUUAUUAAACAUUUUUAACUUUACAAAAAAAUACUCUCAAUAUAUUUUGAAUAGGGUUCAGAUGUUUAUGCUGUUAAAAUUUAAUAUGUAUACAUUUAUGCACUAAAAUUCAUAUAAUAUGUUUAAUUAGAAAACAGAAAAUUUAGUUGUAAAAAUUAUCAAAAGAUGUACAAAUAUUAAUUUUACCCUAAUUAUUUAAUUUGUAUUAUUAGUUUUUUUUUUAAUAUUUCAUAUUAAUUUUCAAUUAAAGUGUGAUACAAUGGUUCCUUUUAAUUUGUUCAAAUGUCAUGCUUAGUUCAUUAAAAUAAAUAAUUAAAUAAGUAAAUAGUUCAUUACUAAUUUAAAUAAGUUUUUGAAAGGUUUGAAAAUCUACCAAAAUAUGCAUUUGUAUUUUUAAAAUUCUAAAAUAUGCAAAGUAAUGAUAAUAUUAUUUGAUUCAGUAGACCAUGAAUCAAAUUUGUAUCCAGAUAAACAGAUUUUGGAUACAUUGGAUAAACUGAAAAAAAAUAAGAUUUCAUUACCACCAGUACCUUCAUUAUGAAUAUGGUUAUUUAUUUUGUUUUUAACAGUUGAGACCAGCUGUGCUGUAUGGUUUGGAGUAGAAAAAAAAAGUAGAACAGAAUGAGUGUAGCAGAGAUGACAAUGAUUUAAUGUUUUAAGUGAAUGAGAGGAGAUAAAAUAAAUGUGAACAUAAGUAGUAGCUUAAGCUAGGCUUCGAUAGUAGACAAAAUGAGUGAGAUGUGUUUUGAGCAUAUCAUGAGAAGGAAAUUUAAAGCAAAAAUCAUUGUAAUGAUAAUAAACAAAUUAGGAAAUUUGUUAAGAGGUAGACAAAAGAGAGAUGGUUGGAUGCGAGGAUGAUGGGUGUAUGCAAUGAAGGCGUAGUAGUAGAAGCCCCUUUUUUCUAUGUAUUUAUUUUUUUUUUUUUUAACUUAAAUAUAGUAUGGCAUAGAAUAAGAUAUAGAAUUUGUUCAUUAGUUAAGCAUUAUUUCAGAAAAUUAUAGAACAUUACUUUGUAAAACCGUAAAUUAACAAGUAGGAAUUUUAUAUUUUAAGUAGAUUUUUGGUAACUGGAUAAAAAGAAAAUAAUGAUGAAAAUCAUUCAUUAUUAUAAAUAAUUUACAUAUUUUUUUAACAACAAUAAAUUGAACUGAAAGUAUUAUUUUAUUUUAGUAUAAUUACUAAGAGAGAGAAAAAAAGGACAUCUUAGGAUAAUGUGGGGCAGUUACUGUUAUAGGUAAUUUUGUGUAUAUCUGUAAGCAAUGAUACACCAUUGCUUACUAAAAAAACGAUUCUGAGCGGAAUCAGUUGAUAGUGAUACUUUGUCAACAAUAUAUAUGCCCUAUUAUAGUAAAAUAAUGAAAUAGGCUUUAUAUAUUUUUUUUAAUAAUAUUUGUUCUAUAUUAUACUGAUUUCCUAAAUUUUUCAUAUGAUAAUUGAAAAAUGACCUUUAUUAUAAAGUACCUCCCCACACCGAUUUCUUUUCAGAAAAGUUGUCUACAGAAAAAUAAACAUCUUUGUAAAACCAUAAGUUUUUCUUUGCUCUACUCAGAAUCUAGAACAUUUGAAAAAAAUAAAAAUCAAUAAUUAUUGCCUUAUUAAAAAUUUAAAAAUUUUUAUUUAUUUUUAAAUGUCAAUUUGUAUAGAAGGAAAAUUAAAAUUAAAAAUAAUACUUUGACUUGUUUUAUUUGUUUUAAAGACUGAUAGAUUCAAAUACUGGAGGCGCAUAAAAUUCUAUGAUGCUAAUGCAUCUUUUCCAUUGUCUAAUUAGUAAGUCUUAAUGGGGCAAUAAUUUAAGACCUUUUCCUUUAGAUCUUUCAUAGACUUAUAUUUUUAACAGCACGAACUUUAAUAUAGUUGAGUCCCAAAUUAUCUAAGUAUGUUAUUUCCUAUGUUUGAUAAAUAUUUCAUUAACAUAUAGUAUUCUAAGUUCUAUUUAAAUUUUAUCUAUGUUAGUAGCAUGGUAAGGUGGGUUCAUUAUAAAAUUUUCUUUUCGUGUUAGAUUUUUAUUAAACAGAUAAUAAUUUGUUUGCAAACCACUUGGUUUACCAUGUUAUUUUUAAUAAGCCAAUUUACAAUAGCAUAAAAUCGGAUUACAUAUAUUUUAUGGUUUAGAAAUAAUUGUGUUGAAAAAUAUUUGAUGUAUAAUUAAAUUAUUAUUAAAUUCUACAAUUUGUAUUUUAGGUUUUAUUUUUUAAAUUUGUAUAAGUAAAUCCAUAUUUAAAAAACUAAAUUUUUAAAUCAGAUUUGUGUGUAUAUAUGAUUUCAUAAUCCAAAUUUGAGUGUUAUACUUUCUUUGGUUUUAGAAGUACAUUAUUGUGAAUUUCAAAAAUAUAUAUAUAUAUGGAUUUUUUAUGAUACUUCAUAUAUAUAUAUAUGAAGUAUCAUAAAAAAUCCAUCUAAAUUAUAUUUUUACAAUUUUGCAUGGAAACAUAUAAUUUAGUUAGAAAUCUCCAUGUUAUUUACUCAUUAACCUUCCCACAAACUAUUCAAAAUAUUAUUCUAAUCAAAAGUACAUAAUUUAGAUAAUAAUGAUAAUGUUAAAUAUCUUGGGAUGUUAUGCUGUAAUGUAAAAGAAUAGAUAAUAAUUAUACAUAUAAAGAAAAGGUAAAAUAAUAAAUAUACAAGUUAGUUCAGGUUGUUUUUAUGACUUAUAAAUAUUUUUGCAAAAUAUUUGUAAUGCCUACUAAAUUUUAAUAUUAUUUUACAAAUUGUGAAUAGUUUAAAAAUAGUAUUUAUUCAGUUACGGUAACAUUUAUGUCUGUAACAAUUAUUAAUAAUAAAUAUUUAUAAUAAUUAAAUAUUUAACUUUUUUUUUAAAUAUAUUUUAAACUUUUUUAUUUGUUCUAGCCGGCCGACAAACGAAAAUACAUGUAUGGAGGAUUGUCAUCUGGCAGACCAGUAACACCACCCAGAGGAUCUGGUAAACAGGGAAAAAAUAAAAAAUAA